AUGACGAGACAUCCCCGCGUGAACCAAAGCGACAAGAAGACCCUGCGAGUCUUCCAAGCUAACCCGUGGACGGAAGCCAAGGACGGCCGAUGUCUUACCAAAACCCACCCAGCCUACGAUACCUUCUCCCCAGUCGACAGCUGGGACGACAACAGCACCCGACCUCGAGUAAUGACCUAUGUCCGGCGGAGUCCCUGCCUGAUGACAGAUCAGAGGAGGCCUGUGGCGACCCGCGACAUUCUCUGGCUCACCAUCAACAACAUAACAGUAGUAAACUUCUAUCGACAACCGCACUACGAUGAAGCACUGGAGAUGCUCCUCCAGUGGACCACACCAGGAAGGUGCCUAGUAGCAGGCGACUUCAACGCCAAACACAGUAGCUGGCAAACCGGCCGGCUCGAUGGCCGAGGUGACGACAUCGCCUUUUGGGCCUCUGAGAACGGCCUUAGCUUGCUCAACCCUGCCGAUGUGCCAACGAACCCACAUGGCAACACAAUAGACCUCGCCUUCUCCAACAUACCACUAUCCGAAGCUGUCGUGGAGGAACACCUGGCCACCAGCUCUGACCACUUCACGCUCAGCGUGACACUCGCUGACCUGGCUCCGGCCUCGGUGCCGCUAGGAAAGGUCCGCCUCACCUCUGACGACGAGCUCGCUCGUUUCGCCGAAAUGGUCGAUUCCGGAGCAACAGCUAUCCCGGCCGCGGCCUCGUCUCCCCAAGAGCUUGAUUCCCUGGCGUUGGCGCUCGUGGAACUUCUCCAACUGGCAGCCAAGGCCGCCGGUCGCCCGUCCGCAAAGGGGCGCAGCGCGCCCUGGUGGACAGAAGAAUGCGCCUCGCCGCGGCGGAAUACCGCGCGAUUAGGAGAGUCUACCCUCUCGGCUUCAAUCGGGAAGUCCAGCUUGCAAGAGAGACUUCCAGAAAGUCCCUCCGCCCUACAAGUAGGCGAUGUAGUUUACGAGACGCAGCUUGACAAAGCCAAUGCCCUACGGCGGGCGACGCUCGAGCGGCGCACGGCGGACGACGACAUCCCAGAUCCGUGGAUCCCAGUCGACACAACGAAAACCGUUCCCUUCACGCAACAGGUGUCACUUGAGGAAGUGCGCGACGCAACCCUACGGACAGGAAACACGUCUCCCGGCCCCGACAGCAUCACGGUACAAAUGCUCAAGGCGCCGUUCAGAGAGGCCGAAGUAGUCAUGAUAACAAAACCAGGCCGAAGGAACCUCUCGACCCUCGUGCCUGGCGACCCAUCUCCCUACUGUCCUGCCUAG